CCCUCGCUAACAUGCUAGUACUUGUAUGCUAGUGUGUGUCAUUUAGGAAGUAAUGCUGGUUUAAGUGAAGAUAAGCAAUUAAGCAUUCGUUUGAAUGCUGGUUGUUUAGCCGGGGGAAUUGGUAACGAGAGUUGAGAGACUGAGAGCUCCCCGGCUCACUCCCUUGUCUGCAUCUAGCUGACCCUGCGUGUUUCGCAGAGCAUCUUGUCUCCUCGUUUUGUUUCGGUGUCUCCUCUCCUCUUCAAUUCGCGCACGCCCCACACCCACGCUCUCUCUGCUCCAUCGCGACCACGCGACUCGCGAGAGAGAGAAUGGCGAGCAAAGCUGUCACCAUCGGCGAUCUGAUCCACCGCGUCGCCACCUCCUGCCUCUCCAACCGCCUCCCCGGCAACUACGCGCUCAGCGACUCCGGCGACACCGACUUCGACGACGAGGACGACGACCCCUUCGCUGCUGACGCCGUCUCCGCGCGCCGCGAGGAGCGUCGGCGCACGCCUUCUUCGGAUGAGGUGGUGGCUUCGGAUGAGGUGACGGCGUCGGCUUCGGCUUCGGCGGCGGAGGCGGAUGAUGAGGAGGGUGGCGAUGGGGAGGGUGGCGAUGGGGAGGGGGAGGGGGAGGGGGAUGACGAGAGCUUGAAGAUCUGGGAGGAGAAGAGGAAGGUGGCGGCGGCGGCGGCGAGUGGGGUUGACAGGGCGCGGGACGCGGAGGCGCUCGUGGCGGAGGUGUUCGACGCGGUCUCCGGCGUGCGCCGCGCGUACUCGGAGCUACAGGGGGCGCACUGCCCCUGGGACCCUGAGAAGAUGAGGAGCGCUGACGCCGCCGUCGUCGCCAAGCUCCGCCACCUCGCGCGACUCCGCGACCGAUUCCGCCGCUCCGUCGCCACGGGCUGCCACAUCCCCGGCCCCAGCCCCACCGCGCCCCCGCUCCGCGAGGCCGUGGCGCCGUACGAGGCCGCGCUCGACGACCUUCGCCGCCAGCUGCAAGCCAAGCAGGCUGAGGUCGACGGCCUGAAAGAGAAGCUCGCCGUCGCAAGCAACCGCCGAAACUCCCGCCACCACCCCUCCAAGCACAAUGCCUCUGGCGGCGGUGGCGCCCCGACGGUGGAGCUGUUCAUCGCCUGCGCCGAGCAGGCCCGCGCCGCGACGCGGGCGUUCGCGGGGCACCUCCUCCAGCUCAUGCGCGCGGCAGGGCUGGACCUCGCGGCGGCGACCCGGUCCCUCACCAAGAUCCCGGUCUCCUCGCCGCAGCUGGCCAAGCACGCGCUCGAGGCGCACGUCACCCGCGUCCUCCUCGGCGGCUUCGAGCACGAGUCGUUCUACCUCGACGGCUCCCUCUCCUCGCUCCUCGACCCCGCCGCGUUCCGGCGAGAGCGGUACACGCAGUUCCGUGACAUGCGCGGGAUGGAACCCGCCGAGCUCCUGGGCCUCCUCCCGACCUGCCCCUUCGGCCGCUACGCCGCGAGCAAGUUCGCCUCCCUCCUCCCGCCCCGCGUGGAGCAGGCCGUCCUCGGCGACGGCGAGCACCGGAGGGCGGUGGACGGCGGCGCCCACCCGCGGACGCCGUUCUACGGGGAGUUCCUCCGGGCCGCCAAGGCCGUGUGGAUGCUCCACCUCCUGGCGUUCGCGCUCGAGACGCCGCCCAGCCACUUCGAGGCCGGCCGCGGCGCGGAGUUCCACCCGGAUUACAUGGAGAGCGUCGCCAGCUCGCGCGGCGCCGGCGCCGGGAUGGUCGUCGGGUUCCCGGUGGCGCCCGGCUUCCGGCUGGGUAAUGGCGCCGUGGUGCGCGCCCGGGUCUACCUCGUGCCGCGCGGCGGCCGACCGUGACAACCGUAAAGCGAGGACGCAAUUCACGGAUCAGCUGCUGGAGUAGUUCAUAGGUAGAAGAAGACCAGUGUACAAGUAGCAGCUCCUUAAUUACAUGUGGAUUACUCCAGAAAUGAAGGAUAAAAUUACUAAAUUAGUCUACUAUUGCUACAUUUUUAGCAGCAUUUUAGCAACCUCUUCUCUGAAGCAAUCCAUGGGCAAGAGGAUUGGAUGUACUGAUCAUGUAUUGCUGUGCUAUUAUUUAGUCAAAGUAGGGUUGGUACUGGAGUAAUCCUGGUUCACGUGUACUAUCAGUAUGGACAUCACAAGAUGUGGUCUUGACUAUGAUUGAUAAUUAAGAAGGCUCUCUAUCAUUUAGUUGUCACAUGACAUCAAAGGAUAGUACUAGUCUUAAUUGGCAUUUAUGAUGUGUUGCUAUUAGUAACGUGAUUGAAGAAGUUGAAGGCUAGGCCAUUCUUGCUGGGACACCAGGGGAGGCUAGAUCUGUGGUAUGGCCCAAGAAUCACCAACACCAUUAUGG